CUGGGGCUUCUUAAUACCACGUUUUAGUCGGUCCCAGCCCUUGACGCCAUGGCCGCGGUCAAGGGGCCGGCCAUCCCCAGCAUGAAGCUCCCCCCGCGCGUGGAGGCCAUCCGAGAUCGAAUUCUGCCCGCUGCCAGUGAGGUGUCGCCCUUGGCGCAAAUCUACGCCUUCGGUUCCUCGGUGAACGGCUUCGGCGACGAGAACUCCGACGUGGACCUCGUGGUGGACAUGGGCCCUGCGACGCCGGGGGACCAGCGGAGUUGGCACGGCCGCGCGGUGGACUGCCUCGAGGCCAUCUCCGAUCGCCUCAGCGAGGUGGAGGACGUUCGGGUGGUGGAGGAGGUGAUGACGGCCAAAGUGCCCAUCCUGAAGCUGAAGGUGGAGGGCGUGGAUUGCGACUUGUCCUGCAACAACUUACUGCCGGUGUUUAACACUCAGCUGCUGCGGCGCUACUCGGAGCUGGAGCCCCGAGUGGUGGAGCUGGCCGGGGAGCUGAAGAACUGGGCCCGGAAACAGGGCCUGCACGGCGCCUUCAACGGGCACCUCUCGUCGUACUCCUUUGUGCUGCUGGCGAUUUUUUAUAUGCAGCAGCGGGGCGCUUUGCCCUGCCUGCAGCGGGAGGCGGAGACGCGGCCGCGGGCCUACCACGAGGGCGGCAAGACCUUCAACGUGUGGAUGGACGAGUACCUCGGAACCUGGCGGCGGAAAACCAGUCAGGAGCUGGACGAGCUCAGCCUUCGAGACUUUGCCAUCUUCAUGACGGAGGAGCUGGGCUGGGGCCACCACGUGGUCUCGGUGCGCCUGGGCCAAAGCCUGCCGCUGGACAAGUUCCCGCACUUGUCGGUGAAGUACAUCGACGACGAAUGUUUGCACAUCGAGGAUCCCUUCGACGUCCAGCGGAACCUCGCCUGUGUCUUCCGUGGUUAUAACCGUGGGAAUUCCAACAGGAGGCUGUGGUGGGGCCUGAAGAAGCUCAGCGACAAGGCGAAGCCGCAGCUUCCGCUUCCGGAGCCCGAGGAGCAGGUACAGAGUCAGGAAAUAUGAUUUUCCGGGUACCCUGGAUG